UGCUCGGCGGCGGCCGCGGCGCCCGGGAAUGGCGGCGGUUUUGGAGCUGCUGCUGAGCGAGGAGGUGGCGGUCGGCGCCGUGGUGCGGUGGCUGCGGCGCGCGCCGGGACAGCGCCCGGCUGAGGAGAAUCACAUCCAUGACAAGCUGGUAUCGUUCAGUUUGCUUCAGAAAGACUUUGUGCCUUUUCUGCUGAAUUUUUUAAGGGAGCAGACCAGCCAGAUACUGACUAAUGGACCCUCCACUCCUGCUAAAACUCCCAAUUCCAAGGCCCACAGGAGCCAAAGGACAGGACCAGAAAGGAGAGCAGGCCACGCGACUAGCAGCCGAGUGCAGCUCUUUUCCCAAAGGACUUCGGUGUCGGUGACCUCCUGCACCACAGACACCAGCUUUUCUCCCGCUGCUGCAUCCAGCGGUUCCUCUUCCUGUUCUGGGUCGAACCUGUCGAGCCCUUGCAGUGACUUCCCCAGCGUGGUGUCCAGUAGCAGCCCGAGCUUUGGGUACAGCCCUGUGCUCACCCACAGUGAGAAGCGCUCAGCUCAGAAGGCCAGUCUGGGGAACUUCCUCGCUGCUGCACCAGAGGCCUUGCCGGCAAGGCGGGGCAGGAGGAAGGGCAGCAGCUCUGUCAGUGCCGCUGGCCGACAGGUUGUUCGGGACCUGGGGCGGUCCUUGGCCGAAGAGGAAGAUGGAAAGAAUGAAAGUGCAUCAUGGAGUGGAGGGAGAAGGAAGCGGAGUGAAGUGCCUCUUGUUGCUGCUAGAUCCCCUCCUAGCCAGCUGAAUCUUAACAACCUAGAGGAGUUCCCACCCAUGGGUACUGCCUCUGGCUGGACAAACAAAAGCAAGCCCUCAAGGCGAAUCAACCCAACUCCUGUGAGUGCUGAACGCCCUCUUUCAAAGCCAAAGAUGUGCUUCACUUCAACGCCUGUCAGCCAGUCUCCAGCUGCUCGAUUUUCAGCUGGGUCAAGCUCUGAGGCCUUUACCACUGUACAAGAGGGAAGCCCAACUUCUGUGAUAAGCAGCAGCCUUCAAGAGGAGAGGGAGAUGCUGAAGAAAGAACGAUGCAAGUUGCUGCACCAGACAUCUUCUCCUGCAGGGAUAUCUCCUGAUCCUGGGACUCCUACUAAGCCCACUUACACUCGCAGUGCUAGUCUUCCUUCUGAAAGCCAUCUGGUGACCUGUGCAGAUCCUGCAAAAGUUUCCUGCAAGAAACAGUUGGAGUGUCUGGCACAGCUCUACUCAUCGUGUAUAGCAGAAAACCUGGUACCAAAUAUUUUCCUGGAGAUUUUUUUUGUUCUGCAACUGUUGACAUCUAAAGGAACUUCUGCUUCAGAGGAAGAAGAGAGUGACCUUGAAGUCAGUGAAGGAAGUAAAGAUGUAUCAAGGAGACAGCACUUCCGAAGUGUGCACAAUUGCGUUUAUUUCGCUGUUCAGGUCUUGGAUUAUCAAUAUGAAAUUAUUUCCCAUUUAGAAAAGGGGACACUGAAGUUCUUGGCUGAAAAUGAACGGAUUGCAACUUUUUCUCCCACCCUGCAUGAGAGGCUCAAGCAGGCAUAUGAAAGCAGCACUGCCAAGGUGUCUCUGCUGCUGCCAUGCUCUGUGCAAUCUGUUUCUUUCCAGCCAGAAACUGACAAUCGUUCUAACUUUCCCAGUGACAGAGCAUUUCACAUAUUUAAGAAACAAAGGGAUAUCUUUUAUGAACUGCUGCGUGAAUGGGAGGAUAACCAUGAAAAACCUGGCUGGGACUUUGAAAGAGUUCUGGGCAGCAAGAUCAGGGCCAUGAUGGCUCACCUGUCUGCAACCUGCAACCACAGCCAUUUUGCCAGGCUCUUUCAGAAGCAGCUCACCCAGAUGUGUAAAGAUCCUAUUGGUGGUGGUGCGAGCUGGGGAGACACCCCAGACCAGGAUGUCCUUAAUAUGCUGGGUCCUGAUAAUCUGAGCCGUCUGAAGAGGUUGCAGGAAAGAUUUGUUGUUCCUCAGAGCAUCAGGGGACCUUGCCCACCCCCUUCAUUCCCAGGGUGCCAGCAGUUCUUCAGGGACUUCAUCCUCAGCGCAGGAAGUUACCAGUUCAAUCAGCACCUGGUGGAUAGCCUGUGCUUGAAGAUACUUGAGCUAGAUGGCCUUACUCUGGUGGAGCAUGAGCACAGUGAUGGGGAAACAGAUAUGGAUGAACAGGAUGAAAAGAAGCGUUUCACUGUGGUACUGUUAAGCUUGAGACUCCUUGCCAAGUUCCUGGGCUUUCUUGUAUUCUUGCCAUAUCGCACUGUGGAACAACCAACUAGAGACCUGCAAGACACUGCAGUAGCAUUGAGGAACCAAACUUUGCCUGUACUGGACAUAUUGAAGCUUCUGAGACGAUCCAUUCGGAAUCAGCGUUCUGUCCUCACUAUUCCUUGGAUCGUGGAGUUUCUUUCCCUUGUGGAUCAUAUUGCUCCUUUCCUUGAUUACUAUAGGAAGGUAUUUUGUCUGUUGCUGCAGGUAUACAGGCUAAUGGUCCUUUCUGAAGACAAAGAGAUGAGUUUCCUGAACAAACUGCUGAUCCUUGCAGUUCUGGGUUGGCUUUUUCAGGUUCCAUCAGUCCCUGAAGAAUUGUUUUUUGCCACGGAUGUCAGGCAGGAGGGAUUGGUGAUGGAUACUGUGACAUCUGCUCCGGCUUUGGACUCUGUGCCCUUGGUGGAUCAGCAGUUACUUUAUACCUGCUGCCCCUAUCUUGGAGAGCUGCGGAAACUACUUGCCUCUUUUGUGGCUGGUAGUGGAGUAAAAAAUGGUGGCUUUAUAAGGAAAAUCACUCCAACAGCUGCAGAGUCCUUGGCACCAAAGACUUCCAUUACACAACGGAAACUGCAGGUAGAGCUGGAACAGGCCUUCUUCCACAACCAGCCUCCCUCUCUGCGGAGAACAGUUGAGUUUGUGGCAGAGAGAGUGGGAUCAAACUGUGUUAAGCACAUCAAGGCAACGCUGGUAGCAGAGCUGGUUCAAAGGGCUGAAGUCAUGUUGCAGGAUAAAGUGAAGGAGGAGGAUGCUAAUCAUGAUAAGCUGCUUGAAGAGGUGUGCGCUCAUCUGUAUGUUGAAGGAGCCCAGGCACUUAUCAAAGGCAGAGAAUUUUGCAAAAAGAAAGGUCCUGAGGCGGUAAGGGUCUUAUUGCCAGAAGAAACAUCUGCAGCAGUUUUGAGUAGUGCAGAAGACAUUGCAGUGGAGCUGGCUACUGAGAAGGCCUGUGGCUGGCUUUCUGCUAACAUUGCAGCAUUGAUUAAAAGAGAAGUGAAGGCAACAUUCAACAGAAUGCUGAAAGUCCCAGGACUUCCCUUGCCCAAUGAGGAUGCUGUGGAGUUGAGAAGGGACUGCUCUCCGGGCUGUCUGCACCGGGCACCAUUUCCCUCUCAAAUAAUCAAUGAGAUUAAGGAUGUGCUCUGCAUUGCUGUGGGCCCACGGGACGAAGGGGAAGUGAUUGAUCCUGGCUGGCUGGAGUGCUUGCUGGGUAGACUGAGUCAGACGCUUCGGUGCAGAAAGUUCAUGUGUCCCACAUCAGAACAACAGCUGGCCAAGUGCACGGUUGAGUUGGCUUCUUUGCUGGUUUCAGGUCGUGUUCCUCUUAGUCUUGGGAUCAAGCCUCCAGAGGAGAGCUCCGAGAGGCUCCGAAUGAAGAAUAAUCCCAUAUAUGACCUUCUGAAACUGCUGCUUUCUGUCUGGAAGGAGGACUUUGGGACACCUGUUCCUGUGCAGCUGAUGUUCAGCAGGAAGAACAUUGGCUAUCUUGCAGAAGUGAAGCAGCAAGAGUGGGAUUUGUUCCAUUUCAUCCUUCAUGGUCUUGUAGAAUGUGAUCUAAUGAGAACCAGUGAAAUAGAGAGUUGCUUGCGUAGCCUUGAAGAGCUCCCUUGGCCCUCAGAUUUCUUAAAAGCUCUGGACAGCAUUUCCAGUUUAUUUCUGUCGGAACAUCUCAUAGAAGAGCCCAGGAGUAACCCCUGUGACCUGACCAGACAAUCUCUAGGUACCGUGACAGCACAAAGUUAGUGGAGAUGGACUCUUUGAGGAUAGAAAUUACUAAUGAAGAUGCAGAUGGAAUUUUUAGUGUUUCUGAAUGCACUGUGAGGUCCUUGCUGGGAAAAUACUGCAUAUAGGAGGUCUCUGUGUGCAAAACCAGCACUGGUCUUUCUGUUUAUGGAUGUGUUGCACUGGUGACUGCUGAAGGAUUCAUAUCAGCAAAUAGAUCGCCAAGUCAGAAGUUCUUUAAGCACCUUGAUCAUUGCUCAGAGCAGCUGUUUUUUAGACUCAUUGACACUUUUGUAUUUGUACAAUAACAGACUGUGGUCAAACCAGGAAUCGAGUGGACAAGUCCCUCUGUGAAGCAGGGGUAUUGCUUCCUGGUGACUGGCUCAUCUCUGAACUUAAUGUGGUUUCUUGCCAGGGGAGGGAAAAGGUAACCUGUUCUACAAGAAGAUGAGCCUGUAUUUAUUUUUCACUGUGAGCUCAAUUUCAAAGAUUUGAUUUUAAUGUUUUUAGGGCUCAUUUUAGAAGUUAAAACAUAUUAAAUAUAUAUGCACCAGAACAUGUGUAACAUUAUUCUUAAAGGAUCUAGAUGAUUAAGUUAAGUUUUCUUCCACCUCUUGAUGGAAACGGAACUUGUUAUUUCUUGGAAUUUUUAAUUGAAAUAAGGGAGAAAAUACUUGAUUAUAUUUUUCACUGAAGGCAGUUGGCAGUAUUUUUAUGACUCUUUUUAUAGUAUGUGAACAUAAAUGGUAUGUAGCUGCUAUUUCUUGUUUUUUAUAAUCCUCCUUGCCUUGAGUUUGAAUUUUAUCAGACAGGAAAUACUCCAGCGAGUGAACUACAGACUGGAUAAACAGACAAGAAAUUUAGUGGGGAAAAAAGCAGUGUCACCUUCUGGAGAGCUGGUAUGAAAGGAAUCCUUUUUGUGCGGGGCAGUGGGCACUUCUUGCUCUGGUGGAUAGAUCAUUAAGCCAGGGUGCAAGUUCCCUUUCACCCACCAGGCAUCUCCUUCAGCAGGAGUUUGUGUUCGGGAAUGCUGGGAGUUAGCAGAAAAUUACCUGCUUGUUAGAUGUCUCAGGACAGUUUUUCAGAGGAUUUUUUUUCCUUUUGUCUAGGAGUCUGCCAUUAGUACCGGUUUGUCAGAAAGCAAAUAUUGUGUUAAGACCAAUGUUUGGACAAAAUGAAGCUGGUUAUCUUGCUGAUUAAGUUACCUCUUCCUUGUAUAAGGUGGAAAAAAGUAGCAUUCUCGGCUGGGCUGGAGGGGAAAAACACAACCAGGACUAACUAGGUAGAACUGUGGCAUCUGUUGAAAUGUGUGAUACAGAGAGGAAUGUCAGCAUCUGAACUCCUUUGAGGUUGACUGGGCAUACACCAUCUGCGUGCCUUUUUUUUUAUUAUUUAUUUUCUUUCUGGGAUUUUAAGACAUGACUGAGUCAGAGGUUCCCUAAAAAGUAGGUGUGCUGUGUGUCUGGUAAAAGCAGGGUAAUGCGAAUUGAGAUAGCGAGUACAGUCUAUUGUUUCAUACCUACUCCCUGAGGCUGAGCAUUAUGUGAUGUUUUGCUGCAGAGCUCACUUGAAGUUGUUGUUUGUAAUAAUAAAUAUGAUUAAAUGUCCUGUUUUGCGUCCAAGCUGGUGAUAUAUAGCCUCUUUGUACUGGGACAAAGUACAAAAAGGCGCCUUGCCCACAAAGCAUGGUGCAGAAAACAUGUGGUAAUGUCUGUCCUGCGUGCUGCUGAUUUGCUUGUACUGCAGAACCUCUUCUAUUUUAUUACUUGACUGUGAGAGAUGGAGGGAGAAGCUAGAGUGAUAAAAAAAAAAAAAAAAGGCGCUCAGUCUCUGGAACUGAAUUUAUUUGGAUAUCUAAAACUGUUUGCAUAGAUAAUGCAGCCACAGGUGUUUUCAUGAACUCAACCUAUCUCAGUUAUCCUUCUGUAAUAUGAUACGCUUGGAGGUGUUUAUUUAAAAGGUGAUCAAACCUGAAGAUCAGUUUACUACUGCCAGAGAAUGUAAUUGUGUCCCAUUGGGCAGAAGUCAGUCUGUUCUUCAGUGUUGUCCAGCAGGUAAGAAACACCUCUGUUUCUGUUUUCUUACAUUGUCAUGUCAUUAAUCUACAUAGUUAAUGGGUAUCUCACAUUACUUAUGCUUGGUGGCUUUGGGGAAGCUAGGCACCUGACUCUGCAGCCAAUCUUUGCAAAGAAGCAUACAGCACUCUGGGCAGGUAGGAGACCUAUGAGACCUACGUCUUCUAUCACAAGCUAACCUCUUUGGCUUCAUCCAGGUAAGUGUUCGCUGAGUAGAACAAUACCUCCUCCUGUGUAAGUACAGUUCCAGACAGCUAUAUUAACAGCAAAUACCACAGGGCAUUUUUUUUUCUUGUGUAGAAAAUACAUUUUAUUGUGGAUAUGAAAAUAGCAAUCUUGAUUAAGAGCAGAGAUGCAACAGCAGGUGGUACAGAUGCUCAGUCUGAUCAUCUACUGCUCAGCAGUAAUUGACAGGAAGCUGGGUUUUUCCCAUUGUAGUUUAACAAAGUAGAUGAUGUCUGCUAGGUUUUAUUUCUUCCUUCCCAACAAACCAUUGCCAUACAUUAACAGGUACUAAAAAUGUUAUAUUUGCAAAAGAAAACAUCCAUAUAAAUAGGCUUUUUAGUAUCAAUUGACAGUCGUAUUAAAAAAAAAAGUUACAUUAAUACCGAUAAAAAUAAAAAUUAGCUUUGAUAGCAUAUAAAAAUGCUUCAAAACAAGCAUAUAUAAAUAACUUAAUUUGUAAACAUAGAAAAACCAAUCUUAUGUAUAUAUAAAAAUAAACAUCUGAUGCACUGUACAAUAAGACAUUAUCCUUCAUAGGCACUGGUUUCAUUGACACAGGAGUCCCCCUAGAUGUUUUUCCUACAAAAACUGCUUUAACUCUAGUGCCGUCUCCAAAAUAAAAGGGAAAAAAAGCGAAGCACUGAGCAAAUCUUCUGUGGACUGUCUGAAGGCCACUCUUCUCCUCCUGCAAUCCCUUCUGGAAGCAGCACUGGUGACAGCCAAUAAAUACACCUUGCUGCAGUUUCUGCUCACUUUUUCUAGGGCUUUAAUGUAUUACCUUGUUCAAGCUUCUUUGCUUUGCCGCCCCCAGAAAGGUACGACAGGCUGCAAAUCUGGACAUCUGCCUUUUGGUGCAGUUGCUGAGGCUGUGGAAGUUGUGCAGUGCUGCAGGUGAAGCAUCCCCUGAUGCAGCUUGGCAGGCUGCUAAGAAAGGCUGAGCCUCACCCCAGGAGAACGGAACCUGUAACCAAACACUUGAAGCCUGACAACACAAGCAUUGGACAGAGCUCAACAGCUGCAAGAUGCUGUUGAAUGUUCCAGUUUCUUGAUCAAUGCUAACUGGCAAGGAAGUGUGCUAAUCGAGCAAUGACCAAAGGCUGCUGCUUAGCAACGGAGCUCAGGAGCUGUGCUGGGAUAGCUGGGGCACCCAGAUCCACCUGUACAAGGUAGAAGAAAGGCAUGUGUUGCACGACCCAUUUUUGAACAAACACUUUCCCCAGGCUCAACUAGCUCUGGUGCUGCACAUAAAAUAUUAAGCACAAAAGUAGUUUACAGCCAAAUACUGUAACUUCUGUGGUGGAUUGGAUCUUUUUCUUCCCAAUACUCCAUAGACUUUGAAGGCUUUGCAUAUUUGAUAGUAGUUUCAGCAAGCACAAACCACACUGGUUUUGGGUUUGAGCUUAAAUAUUGCUAGUUCAAAACACAAGUGUAGUGUUACAUGCAUAAAAUGUGUAGAAAAUUUUAAAAUGCGUUAUAAAGGUAUAUGCUAAUCAUUACUAUUUAAGGUUAGGUUUUUUUUUAAAUUACCUACAUAAAAUGUUUUUUUAGUGUAAGUUUAAAGGAGUAAUUCUAAUUGUCACUAGCUGCCUUCUAAAAUAAAUUACACAGCAUGGUAUUCUUUUCUAGAUGUAUUUAGGUGCUCAGCACCACUGUCUUAAAGGAGCUCGCUCUUUCAGAUGACUCUGAGAAAGUCUUGCCCUCCAUUGACUGCAUUCUUAACUAGAAUCCUCAUCUUCUCUUUUGUAUUUAUUUAAAUACAAAAACUUAAUGACUUCUCUUGAAGAAAGUUAACAACAUGCAUUUCCAUAUGUGUCAAAAAUAGCGUUAGCAGAGGUAGAAGUCUAUGUCCCCAACAAGAUAGAAAUGAAAGUGAGAUUCUCCAGUCCGUAAACACUGAACAUAGCAUGUACUGGUUCACUGUGCAAAAGCAGAAUGUACAAAAGUUGUGAAUAAACAUUUAGAAAAGAGA